AUCAUCUCUCUUACCUCUGCUUUGUUCGUAACUUAGCUUGCUAUCAUGAAGAAUACUAAGGUCAAUCUUAUUCAUUUCUUAUCAGCAUUGUCUAUCUCAUCUCUACUCUUAACAGUUUCGGCAUUAACGGAUUCAACUGAUGUGGAGGCAAUAAAUUUGUUAAAAACAACUUUUCCGCUACUUGGAUUACUAUCAACCGGUGAUCCAUGUCUUCCUAGUCCAUAUCUAUGGGUUAAGUGUAGCUUCCAUUUUACACCUCGAGUAACAGCACUAAAUCUUCAUGACUCUUUAUUGAUUACGGACCGUACGCUACCUCUUCCAGAUUUUAGUGCCAUGGAUGCACUUGAAAUCAUAGACUUAAGCGAUAACGUUUUGCAACAAGAAUUUCCUGAUUUUCUUGCCAAUUUCCCUAAACUAAAAGUGUUGAAUUUGGCGAAUAACUUUCUUUUUGGAACGGUGCCUACAUCAUUAAGGGACAAGUCAAAAGCAAACACGUUAAAGUUAACGUUGACGGGAAUCGGAAUGACAAAGUUGUGUUUCUCCGACGGAGACUCAUGCGGAACUAAAACAGGAACGGGUACAGGUACAGGUACAGGAACAGGAACACCAGGAACCGGAUCAGGAUCUUCCCCCGGAAUAAACACCGGUUCUUCUCCAAAGCCAACAGAAAGUCGUAACAAAACGUUACCAAUUGCACUUGGGGUUGGGAUCCCGGUUUUUGUGAUUUUCUGGGCUAUUGUUGAUGUUCUAGCUAUUGAUCAUCAAAAGAGGAAGGCGGCAAUGGCAGCAGCAGCCGCCCAAGGGCAAACAAAUGAGAUCUCUGGGCUGGCAAUGCCCGUGGACGUCGACACCGAGCAACAGAUGCACCCGACUGUUAAGGCUACUUGAAUUGGAGCUUAAAUUGGAGCCAAUUACUUUUGUUUUGA